AUGGCUCUCAGACUCGACAGGCUGGUGCCUCGUCGCCGAUGGAACUGCACUCUUCCUGUUCACCGAGCCUUCAGCUCUGCUGGGGUCAAUUGUUCCGGACACAACAAAUGGUCCACCAUCAAGCACGACAAGGCCCGCAAUGACAAGGCAAAGAGCAAAGAACGAGCAAUGGUAGGCAAAGAGAUUGCCAGUGCUACACAAAUGUGGGGUGCCGAUACAAAAUACAAUCCUCGUCUAGCCCUAGCAUUAUCGAACGCGAAGCGAGCCUCCAUCCCCAAGGUCGUUAUUGAUGCCGCAAUCGCACGAGGGCAGGGCCUGAGCGUCUCUGGUCAGGCACUGGAAUCUCUGACGAUUGAAGCUAUGCUACCAGGCAAUGUAGCUGCAGUGGUGGAGUGUCUAACGGAUCAAAAGGGUCGCGUUUUACAAGACGUUCGCUAUCUCAUCAAGGACAAUGGGGGCAUUGUUACCCCAACCACAUUCCUCUUUGAGCGGAAGGGUAGAGUGGUGUUGGAAAAACAGGAGGCUACGGAUCCAGAUGACUACCUCGAUCAGGCGAUUGAAGCCGGUGCUGCGGACAUCAACACCGACGAUAAAGGCCGCCUUGUGCUCUUGACUGAUCCAUCAGAGACAAAAACAGUGGGCGAGAAGUUUGCAAAGCUUUCAGGUCUUGUGAUCGAGGAGUUGGAAAUGAUCUGGGAUCCUAAUACGGAUUCUUUGGUUGAUGUGCAAGAUGAAGAACAGGCGAAAGCCCUUGAGGAUCUUCUGAGUGCCCUGCGGGAAGAACCCAGUGUGCAAGACAUUUACUUGAACUCAACUGAACAGUUCUAA